AUGAACAAGCGUCACUUCAUUAACAACAUCCUCAUAAAAUACUUCGUCGCGAAGAGGUACUCGAAAUGUAUGUACAAGAGAAGAGACGACCCCGAUGGGGGGUUGCUACGGCUCUACAAAUGUGCCAAGUGGUACAAAGAUUUAAAGACAGUGGACAGAUAUGGUCGAUCAAAUGAACGGUUGUAUGUGACGUAUACGAGUGACAAAGACGUGAAGGUGUCUCAUGUGAAGCAGAGGAUUAUUAAGCAGAAGGUUGUGAAAAAUAUUCAAAUGGUUUUUUAUGGCUGUCUCGUUUUGUUGGUGAUCCUAUCAUGUAUUGCGUGUCUGCUUGUCUACAAUAACCACAAGCACGUGGAGUGUGUCCUUCCAUACGGAGACUGCCCGGUCAUUCUACACAAGGGGGUUGAUAAUUUUUUUACAAAUGCAAGAAUGCAUGAGUUGAGCAAGGAGCGCAUACUGGAGGUGUACUCUGCGAUGAGGGAAAUGCAGGGGAGGGUUCCAGGGUUGAGUAAGUCGGAGGGUAAGAGGAAUGUUUCCUCCCUCGGGCUAAUUGACGGGAUAGAAUUGAAAAAGAAAAAAAAGUAUUCUCUUCUAAACACAGAUAAGGUGAAGUGCAGGGACUGCAAAGUUGUUUUUCAUCUCGAGGGGAAAGAAACGCUUGAGGACAUUUUCCAGUUCGAGAGAGUUAACAAGUGCGAGAAGAGGAUUGGGAGGGAGCACUGCGUUCAUGUGAAGGAUGGUACCAUGUGGAACGAGCGCAUUCACCUGUACAAGCGGUACAGCGGGCCGAUAAAAAACAUAGACACGGUUCAGAAUGGGGCGACGCGCGAGAAGGUCGUCCUCGACGACAAGGUAAAAUUUCUGCAUCCCCUCUUGAAGGACUACGUCCUGAACCUGGACUACUUCACACUGCGAAGCGACACAGGCCAAAAAAUCUCCGUGAAUGAGGAACCACUGAGGGGGGGGAAAACCCUCAAGGAGAAGAACCAGCGCAUCUGCCACCCAGACUACAGAAAGGCGUUUGGGAAGAACACGUUCUACUGGCUGUGCCCUGAAUUUUACGAAGAGGACAAAGGGUCCCGCGAGUACACCAUUGCAUUAUCAAUCAUGCAGAUGGUGAACACGCAAGGGGCGGGGGAAGCAGACGAAAACAAACACAUACUUGAAAUGAAAAAAUGGAGUCCAACGGCUCGUCGGUAUGACCACUUUGGGUUCAUAAAAGAGAAGCUAGAGCUGCCUCUGAAGGUGGAUAUUUUUAGCCGCUUCCAACCACAGGACGGAGAGGCUGAAGGAGUGAAUGUUGUGGAGAAAAUUUAUAAAGCUUUUUUUUGUGGAGGUCGGGCGGGGCAGUCCUCCUCUUCCUCCUCUUAUCCCUCCGUCGACCGGGGGAAGGAGCAGCAUGGCGCUUCGCAUCAGAGUGAUAUGUCCAGACAGGCGUUUUUCUUUUCCGGCCAUGAGGGAGGGAGGAGGGACGUAGCAGGGAUGGUACAAGGGGGGGUUAGAAGAGACACGUACAAUGAGAAAGGGAAGGAAAGUACAUUGGUGAGUGAUGAGGAGGAAUAUUUGUCGCUGGAGGAUCUAUGUCGAGAGGAAAGCUACGCACAAGUGGAGAACACGAGUGGUACGAAGGGAAAAGCAGCUGAAGAAGGAGAGGGACACAGUAGAAGGGUCCUGAUCAAAGAAAUACCAACCUUUAAAAAAGACAAAGGGAAGGAGAAGGAUUCAAAAGGAGCGGAUAAGGAAUUGGUGAUUAUAUCUCCUUCCCUCAUGUUUGGUAUUAUGGAAGGACUUUUAAGAAUUGUAAUUUUUUUUUUAUUACUUCUGCUUGGGAUGCUCUGUGUAAUGGUGAUUAUUUACAUUUGCCUGACCAUUGGAUAUGAUGUGUCCGUCAUUUUCAGGGACCAGGGAGAGAUUGAGGAGAUGCCUCAAUACUUGAAGCGCCUUUCAAGACAGCUCACUGGGGGUGGUGAGAGUGUCCCUGUUGGAGGUACCCAUGGGGGUUACUUUAGAAUCCAUCGCCAUGCGAGUUACCCGUUUUAG